UGGCUACAGUGGGUCUGACGGCGCACGGCAGUGGGUGUUGCUGCACAAGGCCGCUUUUUUUUUCUGGAUGCGACAGCAACUUGACUGUUAUAUACGCACCCCGCCCUAUGACAUCAACAGCAGCAUCUCUUUUGCGCACUAUAAAAUCUCUUCGUCUUGGCAGCUGCCGUGUCUCAAUUGCAUCUUCUUCGUCUUCCUUCUCAACACUUCGCUACCGUAUUACGAGUCCCCGCGGCAUAAUCACUAUUACGACGCUACCCCGCGCUACGACAUCUACAAUACCCCGCGGUCUCCCUCCAUACAUAUCCCGCAAAAUGUCUGACGCUGCUGCUGUUAUCGAAUCCGCCAAGAAGGCUGCUGCUUUCAAGGCUGUUGACGACCAUCUUCUCCCCGAAUACAAAUAUGUUGGUAUUGGUUCCGGAAGCACCGUCGUCUACGUCGUCGAUGCCAUUGCCGCCAAGGGACCGUCUUUCUACGGAAACAUGACCUUCUUCCCUACUGGCAGCCAGUCCAAGGGCCUUAUUCGCAAGGCAGGACUUAACCUCUGCAGCUUGGACGAACGUCCCGUUGUGGACGGCAAGGCUGUUCCUCUCGAUGUUGCUUUUGACGGCGCCGAUGAAGUCGACGAGGACCUUAACCUCAUCAAGGGUGGCGGUGCUUGCUUGUUCCAAGAGAAGCUUGUGGCCGUUGCUGCCAAGAAGUUUAUUGCUGUUGCUGAUUCUCGCAAGGAGUCCCCUCGACUCUGCACAAAGUGGAAGGCUAUUCCUAUUGAAGUCCUGCCUCUGGCUGCCCCCGAUGUUCUCGCUCGCCUUCUAGAGAUGGGAUCUACCGAACCUGCUGUUCGAUCUGGUUUGCCUAGCAAGGCUGGCGAGUGCGUUACUGACAACGGCAUGUGGCUCAUUGAUGCGCCAUUCCCCCCAUUGUUGCUUCAGAAGGACCUAUCAGCAGAGCAAGACGGCACUGGAAAGGAUGGUCUCUGGGAGGUCGGCAAGCUUGCUGCCGCUCUACUCAGCAUCCCCGGCAUCGUGGAAAUUGGCUUGUUUCAUGGCGUCAAUGGAAACCAAGCUGCUGCUUCUACCCAAACUGUGUCUCCUCAAAAGCCAAUUGCCGCCUACUACGGCAAGCCUGACGGUACCAUCCAGGUUCAAAACGCUCAGUAGAGUGUUGGAAAUUUAAUAGAAAUUUGUAGAGAAACGGCGUUUUGGGGGUACAGUAAUCGGAAAAAAAGAAAUGACGAUGUUAUUAAAAGGGCUUUCUCACCAUCUCAAUUCCUUUGCACCAAACGAUGUGUAAUCUUAGCCCGCCCAUGCACGGGAUCGUGUCUUGAACAUCUUGUUGCGUAGAUGGCUUAAGCGAUGGCACACGCCAUUCCACGCUAUUGAAGAGCACAUGAUACGCCAACCACCGUUGACGGCUUGGAAUGAGUUCGAACGAUGCGAGUGCGCCUAGAAGAAAGGAGCGAAAAGUCUAAAAUGGUGGCUGAAGAGCGUCUCAGCUAGCACCGAGUCGACGGAGUCACUCUGCCGUAGUUAAUGACUUAUACGAGAUGGAUGCGCGCUUAGAGACAAAAUUAUCGCGUAUUGGUAAAAUCGGGAAUAGGAGCGAAUAACUUUAAUUUCCUUUUUGCAGCUGCAUAUCAGGCAGGCAGCGGACCUGAACCGACGAUGCCGAUUAAC